AUGGCACCAGCGACGGAGUACAGCGCUCACCGGUCGAACGACGGGCUGUGCGCGAAGGACAGGGCCGUCGGGGCGGACCCGUUGAACUGGGCUGCGGCGGCGGCGGGGAUGAAGGGGAGCCACCUGGAGGAGGUGCGGCGGAUGGUGGCGGAUUUUAGGAGGGAGACGGUGAGGCUGGGCGGGGAGAGCCUGACGAUAGGGCAGGUGGCGGCGGUGGCCGCCAGGGGAGGAGGGAUCGGGGUGGAGCUGGCGGAGGCGGCGAGGGCUGGGGUGAAGGCGAGCAGCGACUGGGUUAUGGAGAGCAUGAAUAAGGGGACGGACAGCUACGGGGUGACGACGGGGUUUGGGGCGACGUCUCACCGGAGGACCAAGCAGGGCGGCGCUCUGCAGAAGGAGCUUAUUAGAUUUCUGAACGCCGGAAUAUUCGGCCACGGCCCGGACUCCUCCACCCACACCCUCCCACGCGCCGCCACCCGCGCUGCCAUGCUCGUCCGCAUCAACACCCUCCUCCAGGGCUACUCCGGCAUCCGCUUCGAGAUUCUCGAGGCCCUCACCAAACUCCUCAAUUCCGACGUCACCCCCUGCCUCCCCCUCCGCGGCACCAUCACCGCCUCCGGCGACCUCGUCCCCUUAUCCUACAUCGCCGGCCUCCUCACCGGCCGCCCCAACUCCCGCGCCGUCGGCCCCGACGGCUCCCCCCUCACCCCUUCCCAGGCCUUCUCCCUUGCUGGCAUCACCACCACCGGCGGCGAUGCCGUCACCUUCUUCACCCUCCAACCCAAGGAAGGCCUCGCCCUCGUCAACGGAACCGCCGUCGGCUCCGGCCUCGCCUCCACCGCCCUCUACGAAGCCAACAUCCUCUCCCUCCUCUCCGUCGUCACCUCCGCCAUCUUCGCCGAGGUCAUGAACGGAAAACCAGAGUUCACCGACCACCUCACCCACAAACUCAAACACCACCCUGGCCAAAUCGAAGCCGCCGCCAUCAUGGAACACAUCCUCGACGGCAGCUCCUACGUCAAAUCCGCCCAAAAACUCCACGAAACCGAUCCCCUCCAAAAACCCAAACAGGACCGAUACGCCCUCCGAACCUCCCCCCAAUGGCUCGGCCCCCAAAUCGAAACCAUCCGAACCGCCACAAAAAUGAUUGAGCGCGAAAUCAACUCGGUCAACGACAACCCGUUAAUUGACGUCUCCCGUAACAAAGCCCUCCACGGGGGGAACUUUCAGGGCACUCCGAUAGGCGUCUCCAUGGACAACACCCGGCUCGCAAUCGCAGCAAUCGGAAAACUCAUGUUCGCCCAAUUUUCCGAGCUCGUCAACGAUUUCUACAACAACGGACUCCCGUCGAACCUCUCGGGCGGUCGGGACCCGAGUUUGGACUAUGGAUUCAAGGGCUCGGAAAUCGCCAUGGCCGCCUACUGCUCGGAGCUUCAGUUUUUAGCAAACCCUGUAACAAACCACGUGCAAAGUGCCGAGCAGCAUAACCAAGACGUGAACUCGCUCGGGCUUAUCUCGUCGAGAAAAACAGUCGAGGCUCUGGAUAUACUGAAGCUAAUGUUUUCGACUUAUCUGAUUGCAUUAUGCCAGGCAAUCGAUCUUCGCCACCUGGAGGAGAAUCUACGGCUAGCGGUGAAGAACGCGGUGAGUCAGGUCUGCAAGAAGACAUUGACCAUGGGAGUCAACGGCGAGCUUCACCCGUCGAGGUUUUGCGAGAAGGAUUUGCUCCGAGUGGUUGACCGUGAGUACGUAUUUGCUUACGCAGAUGACCCGUGUAGCGGGAACUACCCGUUGAUGCAGAAGCUGAGGCAGGUGCUGGUGGACCACGCGCUGAAAAACGGGGAGAUGGAGAAAAACGAGGGGACCUCCAUUUUCCAAAAGAUUCAGGCUUUUGAGGAUGAGCUUCGGGUUGUUCUGCCUAAGGAGGUUGAAGGGACGCGGGCCUCGGUCGAGAAGGGAAGCCCGAUUGUGGCGAACCGGGUUAAGGAGUGCAGGUCAUACCCAUUGUAUAGGUUCGUGAGGGAGGAAUUGGGGGCAGAAUUUUUGACGGGCGAACGAGUCGUUUCGCCUGGCGAGGAGUGCGAAAAGGUGUUCGGGGCUUUGAGUGAAGGGCUUAUUGUGGAUCCAUUGCUGGAGUGUGUUGAGGGUUGGAAUGGAGAGCCUCUUCCAAUAUGCUGA